GUCCUUCCCCCGCCUAUUGCUGGGGGAGGGGUGUGAGUCCUUGGGGAAAGUCUGGGAGUUGCCAAGUCGGACCCCCUAGGAGAGGAGUGGGUUGUCUCCGUUUCAGGUCCGUUUGUGACUGUCACUGCUGCGCCGCCUCUCCCCUUUGGGGGCAUUUGGCUCCCCGCCCGCACCUGUCUCCCUGCUCCCUAUGAGGCCUUUCAGGUGUGAGGAGCAGCGUUUCCAGAGGGGUGUGCACAAUUGAAAUGUUAAGAUAGGGAGAAAGAAGAAGAUGUUUUUGCAAAACCCCUGCGCAUUUUGCAUUCUUCUCGGUCUUUCAGCAACCCCCUAGGGGAUAUAGCCUUUGGGUUGACAGUGUUAUCUUAGAGCUUCAGCCACUCCCACUACUAAUUGUAACAUGACGUCGUGAUACACCUUUUAGAGUUUCCCAAACACUUUCCUGGUAUUAGCAAGAGCUUUCCAGUUACAUUUGUAUUUUUUGGAGUUCCCAACAUAUCUGAGCAGUAAAUGUUCUUCUGUUUUGCAUGCAGGAAAUUUGAGACGUAAAUGGUAUCUCUAAGCAUUUAUUGAGCUCUUCAUUUGUUCAACAAUUAUUUGUUGAUAUAUGCCAGGCACUGUACUAGGUGCAGGAGAAUACGGUGGUGAGUAAGAAGACAUGGUGCCUGGUGUCAUGGAGUUUAUUCUAGUGGGAGAGACAGAUAAUGAGAAAAGCAAACAAGUGAACGAUAGUUUUAGGUAGAAGAGUUAUUAAAAAAAAUAAUAAAACAGGGUAGUGGGAUGGAACAGGCCGGGAGGGAAGGACUAGACUGACUGCUAAGGGAAGGCCACUUACCAAAUGCUCUAUAUGGAUUGUGUCAUUUAAUCCAAGUGACAGCCCUAUGGGAUGGGGUGGGGCGGGGGGGAGCUACUGUUAUUUUUAGGAUCCUUUUAUGAAUGGGAUCUGAGGUUCAGAUAGGUUGUGAGUUGCCCAAAGCUGCACAGAUAGGAAGUGGUGGAAUUGGGAACUCAGAAGCAGACAAUCUGAUGUCAAAGCCUGUGCUCUUGACCACUAUCUCAAUUGCUCGAAGACCUCUAGAGAUAGUGACAGAAGUGAUACUCCCAUUCAAAUCAAACUUACUCUGGUUACCUAAGUUGCUUAGUGGUGUUCCAGGACUAUUUGGGAAAAGCUCAGGGUGCAGACUAAAAAGUUGCCAGCUAGUAAGUUGGUGUUUCCUGUUGUUUGUAUUGAGCAAUAUACCAGCACCUUGGUGUGGUGGAAAGAGAUGGGCAAGCCUGGUUCUACCCCCUUUCUAAUUAUGUGAUUUUAGGCAGAUUACAAAAAUUCCUUAAGCUUUUCUGUUUUCUUCUUUGUAAAAUGUGGCUAAUUUCUCUCCUGUCUACCUCACAGCAUUACUGAGAAAAGAUAAUUAGAUAGAUGAGCCCCAUUGUCUGUUUUUUCUUUCUCUUCGUGGUACCCCCUGUGCCAAGCACACGGCCUGUUAUAUAGUAUAGUAGAUACUAAGUAAAUAUGUGCUGAAAGAGGGAAUGAAUAGUGUUAAAUACAAAUGCUUUGUAAAUUAUAUUUUACUGUAAAAUAUUCACUUUCAGGAUUUAGCCUUGAAAAAGGAGAUGGAACUGGGUAUAUUGAAAUUGCAUAUAUCAUGAACAUCACAAAUCAUUUGAUUUAGAGAGGAGCUUGUUGGCGAACGUAAGAACUAUAUUUAAUAGGAAAAACAAGUACAUAAUUUACUGUCAGUGUGGCGCAGUUAACUUCAAUUCUGUCUCCAAAUUAAUCCUCCAGCAGUGUGUAGUAAGUAAACAUCAUGCUUUAUUCAUUCUCUCCUUCAACAAAUAUUCGUUUAGUAUCUUCUACGUAGCAGACCCUGUGCUUGGUACAGGGGAUACAAUGGUGGUAGGGGAAAAAAAAAAAAAACAGACAAUGGAGUCUGUUUAUCUAAUUCUUUUUUUCUCAGUAAUGUUGUGAAUUAGAGAAAUUAGCUACAUUUUACAUAGGAAGAAGUAGAAGCUUAAUGAAGCUUUGUAACUUUGACAAAUGUUUUCUGUAAAGGGCCGGAUAGUAAAUAUUCUAGGCUUUGUGGACUGAAUAGGCUCUGUUGCAGCUAUUCAACUCUGCAAUUAUAACGCAAAAGCAGCCAUAGAUAGUACUUAAAGGAAUGAAUGUGGCUGUGUCCCCGUAAAACCUUAUUUAUAGAUGCUGAAGUUUGAAUUUCAUAUAAUUUCCUGCAUCAUGAAAUACUAUUCUUCUGAUUUUCUUUUAACCAUUUAAAAAUGUUAUAUGAAUAUAUUCUUAGUUCACAGGCCAUUUAAAUACAGGCAGCAGGCCAGUUUUAACUCACAGGCCAUGGCUUGCCAACCCCUGCUUUAUGUGAUCAGUUCUUCCAUGUAUACCUUAGAUACAGUACUUGUAUGGUUGUCUUUUCCCUCCCCCUCCCAUGUUAAAGCUCUUGAAAAAGAGCAUCUUAUCAGCUGUAUAGCUAAAAGAGAUUGUCUUCUAUGUGUCCAGAUGAAAUUUCUGAGAGAGAAUGAGCGUUAGAUUGGCCAGCUAUAGGUAAGAGUAGAUGGUCAUUGGAGUAUGAUGGUGAGGACUUGGAAAUGAGGUUCAGUUGUCUUCACCAUUGGCAGACUGCCUCCACACUAAGUGGAUAUAGUUGAUUUGAUAUACUUUUAUUGUACUGUUUAAAACUUGUAAGAGUGUUUUGCUGGAGUAGAUAUAGCACGUCUGUGAGAUUACUUGUUAGAUUUUUGGCUGUAUAUCAGAUUGUACUUUUGUAAUAAGUAAACUAAGAAUUUGAUUCAAUUUGCUCUGUAGCUGAAUCAAAUUCAGAGUCCACAGAGGUCACUCAGUUUAGACCUUUCAUACUCAUAUCAAAGGCACAGUGGGAUAGGUUACUGUAAAGUUGAUUUAAAUAUUACAUGGAAUUGUUAAUGAGGAUAUGGUAGUGGUUCUUUUACUAAAAUUAGGACUCUAUUCUGUUAACUGUUUGACUCCCAUAAGUAGUCUUUAGGGUGAAAUAACUGAAAAGAAUUAAGAAAAAUUAUAGAAAAGGUCUACUCGGUCUGAAGAGAUUGACUCCGGCCAAGGAUAUCACUCAGGGAUGUGCAGGUAGCCAGGAUUUAUCUACUUCCCUCAAACAUAGCUGUGUAUAGAAAAGAAAUAGGACUCAUCCAGAGUUUGUUUUUAUUUGAACAGUAAUGGAACAUGAAAAAUGCCAAGAUAUGGAUUUUUAAAAAUUUGAAUUGAUAACAGUUAGUGUUCAAGCAUAAACAGAGUCAGCUAAGUUUACCAAAUUUUAGUAAUCUGAAAUGUGUUUUGAUGUUCAUUCUACUUUUGUUCAUCAAGAUUUGAAUUGUUGGGAACCAUUGCACCAUAAACACAGUUGCAAUCUCACAUUUUAAUAAGUUGUAAAAUUUGUACUUAUUCAAAAAAAUAACCUUGAAAACUCACUUGUUCCCCACAGGGGGGAAGAAUGAAAGAAAAGAAAGAUGAAAGAAUGUUGAACCACUUUGUAUGGCUGUAUGAUGGAAGGAAACGGAACUGAGAACCCUUGCAGUAGAACACUUGGAUGGCUUCAACAAGAUAAUGAUGCUAAGCCAUGGCUUUGGAAAUUCUCUAAUUGCUUUUCUCGUCCUGAGCAGACGUUGCCACUUAGUCCCCAAACGAAAGAUUACAUGGAGAACAAGAAAGUUGCUGUGGAAUUAAAGGAUGUACCAUCUCCCCUUCAUGCUGGCUCUAAACUUUUUCCAGCAGUCCCACUUCCAGAUAUUCAUUCUCUUCAGCAACCUAAAAUACAGCUUUCAACUGUCCCCAAAGUAAGCUGCUGUGCUCAUUGCACUAAUGAAUCCUCCACGUCGCCAAUGCAUUUUGGUGGUGGUGGUGGCGGUGGCGGAGGUACUGGUAGCUUGAUUCACACAGGCGCACUGUUAGACUCGCAAAGCACCAGGACAAUCACGUGUCAAGUAGGGUCGGGGUUUGCUUUCCAGUCUGCAUCUUCACUCCAGAAUGCCUCAGCUAGGAACAAUUUGGCAGGCAUUGCAAGUGACUUUCCCAGCAUGUGUCUAGAAAGUAACCUAUCUUCCUGCAAACACCUGCCCUGUUGUGGAAAACUCCAUUUCCAAUCAUGUCAUGGUAAUGUGCACAAGCUGCAUCAGUUUCCAGCUCUCCAGGGCUGCCCCUCCGCGGCUGGCUAUUUCCCCUGUUCUGAUUUCACAAGUGGGGCUCCAGGGCCUAUGGAAGAGCACAUUUCACAGUCGGAACUAACGCCUCACUUGUGCACCAACUCUUUGCACCUAAAUGUGGUACCACCGGUUUGUUUAAAGGGCUCACUUUACUGCGAAGACUGUUUAAACAAGCCGGCAAGAAAUAGUAUAAUUGAUGCUGCUAAAGUCUGGCCAAAUAUACCACCUCCAAAUACUCAGACUGCUCCUGUCGCUAUCCCUCUGUGUAAUGGCUGUGGAACCAAAGGAACAGGAAAGGAGACCACGUUGUUAUUGGCGACCGGUCUAGGCAAAGCUGCUUCGAAAUUUGGGUCACCAGAAGUUGCAGUAGCUGGACAGAUGCUAGAAAACUUACCCCCCAUUGGAGUUUUUUGGGAUAUUGAAAACUGCUCAGUUCCAUCUGGCCGGUCAGCUACUGCUGUCGUACAAAGAAUCCGUGAAAAGUUCUUUAAAGGCCACAGAGAAGCAGAAUUCAUUUGCGUGUGUGACAUCAGUAAGGAAAACAAAGAAGUUAUUCAAGAGCUGAAUAACUGCCAGGUAACUGUUGCCCACAUCAAUGCCACUGCAAAGAACGCCGCUGAUGAUAAACUCCGGCAGAGUCUCCGAAGGUUUGCAAAUACACACACUGCUCCAGCCACUGUGGUUCUUGUAUCAACUGAUGUCAAUUUUGCAUUGGAACUUAGUGACCUGAGACACAGGCAUGGUUUCCACAUAAUUUUGGUCCAUAAAAACCAGGCCUCAGAAGCCCUGCUGCAUCAUGCUAACGAGCUGAUCAGAUUCGAAGAGUUCAUUUCCGACUUGCCCCCCAGGUUACCACUCAAAAUGCCACAGUGCCAUACUCUGCUCUAUGUUUAUAACCUACCAGCAAACAAAGAUGGCAAGAGCAUCAGCAACAGGCUCAGACGCCUGUCCGACAACUGUGGUGGGAAAGUACUGAGUAUCACAGGCUGCAGUGCAAUUCUCCGCUUCAUAAACCAAGAUAGUGCCGAACGGGCUCAGAAGCGAAUGGAAAAUGAAGAUGUCUUUGGCAAUAGGAUCAUUGUGUCAUUUACUCCAAAGAACAGAGAACUCUGUGCAACAAAGAGUCCAAGUGCAAUUGCUGAUAAAGUGAAGUCCCCUAAAAAACUUAAGAAUCUAAAAUUGUGCCUCAUCAAAGAUGCAAGUGAACAAUCUUCCAGUGCCAAAGCCACACCUGGAAAAGGGUCGCAGGCAAAUUCUGGAUCUGCUACAAAAAAUGCAAACGUUAAAAGUUUACAGGAGCUGUGCCACAUGGAGUCCAAGACUGGUAAUAGAAACAGUGAGCCUCAGCAAGGUAAUAUGAGUCUGGCCGCCCCUCCUCACAGUAAUUCAAGUGCUGCAGUGCCGACAUAUAAAAACUCGGGGAUGGCAGAAUCAGUUUACAAAGGCAAUCAGAAAAAAGAGAACCUCAGUGCCCGAAGUGUUCCCAGUUCUCCUGUAGAAAGAAAAGAUAAAGAGGAGAGUAUGUUCCAAGUCAGUUACCCAUCUGCUUUUAGCAAGCUGAUUGUAUCAAGGCAAGUCGGGCCUUUGCUCACAUCUCAAUCUUGGUCUUCUCGCAGGAAUGUGUCUCCAAACCUUUUAAACAGAGCGUCCCCACUUGCUUUCAACAUUGCAAAUUCAAGCAGUGGUGCAGACUGCCCAGACCCAUUUGCAAAUGGUGCUGACAUCCAGAUCAGCAACAUAGACUACAGAUUAUCCCGGAAGGAGCUGCAGCAGCUCAUGCAGGAAGCCUUUUCCAGGCAUGGCAAGGUGAAGAGUGUUGAGCUCAGCCCCCAUACAGAUUAUCAACUCAAGGCUGUCGUCCAGAUGGAAACCUUACAAGAAGCAAUCAGCGCGGUGAAUAGCCUCCACAGAUACAAAAUUGGUGGCAAGAAGAUCCUGGUCUCACUUGCCACGGGAGCUACUAAUAAAUCACUCUCUUUACUGAGUGCUGAAACAAUGUCUAUUCUUCAGGAUGCUCCUGCCUGCUGUCUGCCUCUUUUCAAAUUUACAGAUAUCUAUGAGAAAAAGUUUGGACACAAGUUGAAUGUGUCAGAUUUAUAUAAAUUAACAGACACAGUGGCAAUCCGUGAACAGGGAAAUGGAAGACUGGUGUGUCUCUUACCCAGUAGCCAUGCCCGACAGAGCCCCCUGGGGUCUUCCCAGUCGCACGAGGGCUCAUCAGUGAAUUGCAGCCCAGUCAUAUUUGAAGAGUUAGAAUAUCAUGAGCCCGUCUGCCGACAGCAUUGUUCCAAUAAGGAGUUCAGUGAACAUGAAUUUGACCCAGACUCUUAUAAGAUUCCUUUUGUGAUUCUCUCUUUGAAGACGUUUGCACCUCAAGUUCAUAGUCUUCUCCAGACACAUGAGGGCACUGUGCCUUUAUUAAGCUUUCCAGAUUGUUAUGCUGCAGAGUUUGGUGCCCUAGAAGUGAUGCAGGAAAAUAGAGGGGGUGUUCCCUUAGAACACCUCAUCACCUGUGUUCCAGGUGUAAACAUUGCCACAGCACAGAAUGGUGUCAAAGUGCUUAAAUGGAUUCACAACAAGCCCCCACCUCCAAACGCAGACCCUUGGCUUCUGCGUUCUAAAAGCCCUGUAGGGAACCCCCAGCUGAUCCAGUUCAGUAGGGAAGUGAUUGACUUACUGAAGAACCAGCCAUCCUGUGUCACGCCAAUUAGUAAUUUCAUCCCAUCCUAUCACCAUCAUUUUGCGAAACAGUGCCGAGUAUCAGACUAUGGCUAUUCCAAGUUGAUUGAAUUAUUAGAAGCAGUGCCUCAUGUGUUGCAGAUUCUUGGAAUGGGUUCCAAACGUUUGCUGACGCUUACCCACAGGGCCCAGGUGAAGCGCUUUACUCAGGAUUUACUAAAACUUCUCAAAUCCCAAGCCAGCAAACAGGUCAUUGUGAGAGAAUUCUCGCAGGCUUAUCAUUGGUGUUUCUCAAAGGACUGGGAUGUCACUGAAUAUGGUGUUUGUGAGCUGACUGAUAUCCUGUCAGAGAUUCCAGACACAACCAUCUGCUUGUCUCAACAAGAUAAUGAAAUGGUAAUUUGUAUCCCCAAAAGAGAACGUACCCAGGAUGAAAUAGAAAGGACAAAACAGUUCUCCAAAGAUGUUGUUGAUUUGCUGCGUCACCAGCCCCACUUCCGGAUGCCCUUUAAUAAGUUUAUCCCCUCCUACCAUCACCACUUUGGCCGGCAGUGCAAGCUCUCAUACUAUGGGUUUACCAAACUACUUGAACUUUUUGAAGCCAUACCUGAUAUUUUACAAGUACUGGAAUGUGGGGAAGAAAAAAUCCUUACUUUGACAGAGGUAGAAAGGUUCAAAGCUCUAGCUGCCCAGUUUGUUAAACUCCUUCGGUCCCAAAAAGAUAACUGCCUUAUGAUGACAGAUCUACUCACAGAAUAUGCUAAAACUUUUGGCUACACAUUUCGUCUCCAAGAUUAUGAUGUCAGUUCAGUUUCGGCUUUAACACAGAAGCUCUGCCAUGUUGUAAAGGUUGCUGAUAUGGAAUCUGGCAAACAGAUUCAGCUGAUCAACCGAAAGUCUCUACGAUCUCUCACUGCCCAACUGCUGGUGUUGUUGAUGUCUUGGGAAGGAACCACCUUCCUCUCUGUUGAUGCGCUCAGGAGACAUUACGAAAGCACCCACAGUGCUCCUCUCAACCCCUGUGAAUAUGGAUUCAUGACCCUGACCGAACUCCUGAAGAGUCUGCCUUACUUAGUUGAGGUUUUCACUAAUGAUAAUACAGAGGAAUGUGUGAAGCUCACAAAUCUGUAUUUGUUUGCAAAGAACGUGCGGUCUUUACUUCAUACUUACCACUAUCAGCAGAUUUUCCUGCAUGAAUUUCCCAUGGCCUAUGCCAAGUAUGUCGGAGAAACACUGCAGCCGAAGUCAUAUGGCUACAGUAGUGUGGAGGAGCUCUUGGGGGCAAUUCCUCAGGUGGUCUGGAUAAAAGGACAUGGUCACAAGAGAAUUGUAGUGUUAAAAAAUGACAUGAAAAGUCGUCUGAGUUCACUUGGGCUUUCCCCUGCCAAUCAUGAAAGUCGGCUCUCAGAUAAUGAGCGGAUCCUGGAGGUGCCGGAAUCUCCCACAGCCUCGAAACUCAGCCUUGGAGUGGGUAGCAGUGGUCCCAGUCAGACGGAGCAGGAGCUUCUCCGCCUGACCAGCAGCUCUCCUGUUGACCUCCUGUGUGAGCCUGUCCCUUCGUGUUUGCCGUCCCCUCAGCUGAGACCAGAUCCCGUCAUCCUCCAAUCUGCUGAUCUCAUCCAGUUUGAGGAACACCCUCAAGAUCCUUCUGAAAUUAUGAUUUUAAACCAAGAAGAGAGCAUUGAAAUUCCAGUCCCAAUAAAGAAUGAACAACUUACCUCUGGCUCCAGGUCAGCUUGUGUCUCAGCAGCUGCCCCCGAGCCUCCCUGCCCCUCCUUGGAAGCCCCCGAGUCGCUACCCAGCCAGGACCGUGUGGAAAGCCCAGCCAAAAAGCAACCCAAAAAUAGAGUAAAAUUGGCUGCCAACUUUUCCUUUGCACCUGUAACCAAGCUUUGACUCUCAUUUUGAACAUAGAAUGGGGAAAUGCUGUCUGAUUCUGCACACAAAAGUGGGUUCAAAAAAAAAAACAUCCUUUUCUGUUGUAAUGAAAUCCCCUGGAAGCCACUUCCUUCGUCUUUAGAUGUCUUCCUUACUGUUUUUGUUUCUUGUACAUUGAACACAGCUUUAAGCUGAAGUUUUGUUCCCUUCUCUGCCCCCCACAAUGAUUUGAAAAAUUUCUGGCACUUGUUAAUGAAUCCUUAAUUUAUUGUACCAAAUUUUUCUUAACUAUUAUGAAAUAUAAUGGUGUUCCAUAAAAAGAGAGCAGUAAGAACUCAGCUAGAAAGAAGGGGUUUUACUUCCACUAAGCCGCAAUCGUGGUCUAAUCCUAUAUGUAGCAUAAUAUAGUCUCUAAGUCUUUGCUUACUGAUGUUGUCAGACAGUAUUAAUCAAAUGCAUGAUGUGUCCUUGAAACAAAGCCUGUUCCGUGAUUGUGCAUACUUACACACCAAAGGAGAAGGCAGGCGGGGAGCUGAGAGUCUGUUUUCAGUUGAGGAGAUGAAAGUUCCACGUGACUUGUAGUGUGCCUUGUUUUUUAUUUAACCAUGUCUGUAGUUGACAAAUGUGACUUCAUGACAAAAUUUUUUAAAUAUUUCCACUUUGGGGUUCCAUUUAGGAGCUUUCUAGAAAGUUGAGGGUGUUUUAAGCUUCCCUUUUAUGUUAAGUUCCAAGUUGCUAUAGAUUAGGUUAAGGAAAAGGAGAUGGUCUCGGUGUCAUGAAUUUAAAGUCAGCAUUGGAAUUACAGCACACAUUAUUGUGUGUCGAGAGGCAGUAUUGGGAAGAGAGUCUGAUUUUCUAAAAUAUGCAUCAAAUGCAUAAAUUACAAAUCAGAGCUGAGUGGUGAGGUGCUUUAACAGGAGCGCUAUCCAUACUAUUUCCACUAGGAAGAGAGAGAAAUUCUGUCAAUGCAUACGAAGGCCAAGGUUGAUCAACUUAACCUUGUUUUUGUCAUUUUAAGGCUGGUUUUGGUAGCUGGGAAGCUUUAUGUAUGAGUAUAUAUGUGUUUGUGUGUGGUUGGCUUAGCGUCUUUUAAUGGCGUUUGUUUUUACUCCGUUACUUCUCGCUGUCGGAAGCGUGCUUGGGUUUGUCAGUGGUGUCUCAUGUCUCCGCCAGUCCUGAGGAAGCGCUGCACUGUGGGAUGACCUCACUCUCGAGUUGACCGAGGCAUGUCCGGUGACGGGUGGCCUCAUAGUCCUCCUGGAGAACCCGACAUUUACAAUGGGUUGUAUUUGUUGGGCAAAAAGGCAGAUUCAUGGAGCAGAAAGAACCUGUUGUGCAAGGUCUUCCGCUAGUUAGAAGGUUUCUUUUUUGGGGAAAUGUUGAUAGUUUGUAAUUUCUAGAAAGCCAGAAAACAGGCUCUGACUUCAUAGCCAGCAUUUUGAUAAAAUGCCACAAAAUAAGGGCUAUUGAGAGAUUUUUACAGGUUAGAUUUUUGUUCCCCAAAUCUUUUAAAUGAAGCCAGUGAUUCCCAGUGCUCAACACACGGCCUCAGUCCAGAUGGAACAACACUGAAAGACCUAAGCAUUACGGCGUUCUGGGAAUCCUUCUGAAGACGUUUCUUCUGCAGACAUAGUGUUACAGGAAGUAAAAUGCAAAUGUGCAGUUUCUUUUUUUUUU